AUGGGAGAUGAAGUUGAAUGCAGAUGCGAAGGCGAAGCACUCACGCGUGUACCACAAACGCUUACAGUAUCAAUGCAAAGGUUGACAAUUGCCUCGGCGGGAUUACCUAGACUACGAAAUACAGGGCUAAAAGUUUACGCAGAAAGUCUGUUGGAUGUUGUCCUGAUUGAUUUACAACAGUUGGAAACAAUCCAGGAUGGCGCAUUCGCCACCUUAAAAUUACUGCGUACCAUCUAUAUUUCCCAUGCACCAAUGUUAACGUAUCUGUCAAAGGAUGUUUUCCAAGGCAUUUCAGACACCAUAAAAAUAAUCCGAAUAAUAAAUAGCGGCUUAAUGAGUGUGCCGGAUUUAAUACAUUUACCACCUCAAAAUAUUUUACAAAUGAUAGAUCUCGAUAACAAUCACAUUACUCGAAUUGGUAUAAAAUCUAUUAAUAUAAAGACUGAACAAUUAAUUUUAGCAAAUAAUGAUAUAAAUUUUGUAGAUGAUUCUGCAUUUUAUGGCUCGCAAAUAGCAAAACUAACCCUGAAAGAGAAUCUAAAAUUGAAAGAAGUCCAUCCAAAUGCAUUUUAUGGCAUUAGCAUGCAAGAGUUAGAUCUCUCCAGUACUUCGCUUGUACGUUUACCGUCCGUUGGCCUGCAGGAUAUAGAGAUACUACGCAUUGCAAAUACACAUACUUUAAAGACGAUACCGUCUAUUUAUAAUUUUAAGAAUUUACAAAAAGCAUAUUUGACGCAUUCCUUUCAUUGCUGUGCAUUUAAGUUUCCAUCCAGACAUGAUCCUCGCCGUCACGCUGAGCGUAUGGAUGAAAUUGCAAAGUGGCAAAAACAGUGCAUCAAGACAGGAAAUGACAUGGAAAGUAGUGAAAAUAAGGAUAACUUACGUUAUACGAGAGCUAAAGAGACUGAAAUAAGUAGUGACUAUGUUGGAACACAAACAUUGCAACCAGAUGGAGUGUUUUAUAGUCGAGUGAUGAACUCAGACUUAAUCGUGAAUAAUGAAUCAAAAUCGACUGAUGAUGCAGAUUAUAUAGAUGGUGGUGAUUAUAUGUCAGAAUCAAUGAUUAAGGAGAUUGGCAUAUUUCAUGAAGAGAUAACAAUUGAUCCUGACGAGAGUCAACUUGAUGAGUAUUGCGGAAAUUUUACUUUUAGAAAACGUGAUGUUGAAUGCUAUCCAAUGCCAGAUGCACUUAAUCCCUGUGAAGAUGUGAUGGGCUACCAAUGGCUGCGUAUAUCGGUUUGGAUUGUUGUUGCUUUGGCUGUUAUUGGCAACGUAGCGGUUUUAGUUGUAAUUUUGUCCAUUAAAUCUGAAACUGCCUCAGUGCCAAGGUUUUUAAUGUGCCAUUUGGCUUUCGCGGACUUAUGCUUGGGACUAUAUUUGCUUUUGAUUGCUUGCAUUGAUGCACACUCGAUGGGAGAAUAUUUUAAUUAUGCAUACGACUGGCAAUAUGGUGCCGGCUGCAAAAUAGCCGGCUUUCUGACAGUAUUUGCUAGUCACUUAUCGGUUUUUACAUUAACCGUGAUUACCUUGGAACGUUGGUUGGCUAUAACAAGAGCGAUGUACCUAAACAAACGUAUCAAAAUAAAACCCGCAGCAUUUAUCAUGUUUGGUGGUUGGAUUUACGCAGUUGUCAUGUCACUCCUACCACUUUUUGGUAUCAGCAAUUAUUCCUCUACAAGGUAA